AUCCUUCGGUUAUUAAUAAAAGCUUCUCGUUGGCAACGAUCGAUGUCACUAAAACGAUCGCAAAAAAUUCAAUCAAAAAAGCAAACUCGGCUUUAAUUUUUUUAAAUACACCCGAUUAUGGAUUUCAACCGAUUUGUUUGGAUUUAUCGGACCGAAAAAUAAUCACUCAACUUUGCAAUUUAAUUCGGGAUCAUCCCAAAGGAAAACAUCCGGCGUAUCUUGAAAUUAUCGACGAUACAGGACAAUUUUUAACGAUUUCUCUCGAUUUAAAUAAUCCUGAUAUUAUCCAAGGUUUAAGUCGAAUAACGAAAAAAGCUUGGUUUAUUGGGAUCGAUGCUACAAAAUCGCCUUAUUUCACGAUUUGCUUCCUUUCCGAUUAUAGAUAUAAAAGUGUUAAAAUAAAAUUAAAGCCGAAUACAAUCGAUGAGAUGGCUCAAAUUUUCGAUAAAUAUCGUCCGAGUUACACAAUUUUAAAGAUUUUUGAUUCACGGAAGAGAUGUAACAUCAUUUUUAUUGAUCCAACAAUUCCAAACUUAUUCGGAAAGCUAAUCGAUGUGACCGACACCGUUGAAAUAUUAAAACCAACCCAAGAAAAUGCUUUAACACUUUAUAACCCAAUAAGUAAUCAAUUCAACGAUUUAGAUCUUUCUUCUUCAAAAACUAGGGAGAUUUUAAACGAUUUUGAAGCGGUUUAUCAUCAAUCGAAGCCGUUGACGGUCAUCAAACAUUAUCAUAUGGAUAAGGAAGAUUUCUUUUUUGUUAAUAUCGAUCAAAGAUUUUUGGAUGAGAUUCAAAAUAUCCGCGCUGAUUUAGGAUCACAUAUUAUAACAGAAAAAAUAGAAGCGAUCAAAAACAACGAGGAAGAUUUAAAGAUUAUUGAUCCUGAAUCUUCAAUUCAAUUCGAUACAAUAGACGGACAUUUUAUGGACGUAAAGUUGGAAAUAAGCGAAUCUGAAAAGAUGGAGUGGAUAUCUUAAGAUUAACAUAAAAAACUCAAUAUGUAUUUAUUUAAACAAAUAUUGCAAUUUAUAAAUAAAAUUUAAAAAAUA